CGAGAUAUACGAAUUAUCGGUUACCUGCGACUCAAGACUACGAAUGCUUCCGCCGUUGUGAGGUGGAAAACCAUACACAACAAAACCAAACCUGGAUUCGACAUUAAAAGUUUUUGAUCAGGAUCAGAGACAAAGUAAACAAAAAAAGGGUUCAAUGUCCCAAGUAUGACAUCACCCUCCCGCACCUACCGCCCCCGAAACUAGAGCUUCCCCGACAACCACGGACCAACGUUCCUUCUCCCCCCUCCGGACAACGCACAUGGUCCGCCGUCUCCCGUGGACGCAUCCACACCUUAAAGUCGGCCACGCCGUCGAAAGCAAACCUCAACCAAAAUCCAGGAAGCGGGCUACUUCCACGGCCAUCGCUACCGCUACCACCCCCAUCAUCGAUACCGGGACCCGCGAUAUCAGCAGCUACUUCACAGCUACGAGAAAAAUGAGCUACCGGACCCCGCGCCGCGGCGGCGGCCGACGGCUGAUGUACAAUAGCGGCGGCGGCAGCAGCAGCAGAACGACGACCCCCUAUACACCCAAUCGCAGCGGCGGCGGCGGUGGUGGCAGGACAUAUUCCCCCUCGCCUCCUCCCUCGCAAAAGAAGCGCCUCGACGGGCUCUUCCUCGAAGGAAACUGGUACUGCAACUGCCAGCCGCGAAACACGGCCAAAUUCCUACAAGUCAGCAAGAACACGGCCAACAAGGGCCGGUGGUUCUACACGUGCGAGAAGCGGCGCGGCGGCUGCAACUUCUUUCUAUGGGCCGAGGACGCGGAGAACAGGGCCGAGGGGGCGACCAUGACGUUGCCGCCCAUGCCGCAGGACGGUGCUGCUGCUGCUGCUGCAACGCCUCGUCGGGCAACUGGCCAGACUCCAGGUGGUUUCACGCCGGGUACGGCGUCCACCAUCAAACCCUCUGCGACGAGGGCGGCGGCUUCUUCGUCAGCGAUGACGGAAGCGCCUCCGUCGCCGACGGCGCAGAGAAGCGCCGCCAAGCAAAGGUUCAUGGACACCUACUUCAAGAACCGACCCGUCCAGGCACCCGCGGAAGAAGAGCCGAACGAUCUCAUGGUCACGGACGAGGAAGCCGAGCUCCACGCGACACCCGCGCAGAGAAAGAGGAAGAGAGUCCUCUUCGACUUUGAUUCUGACGAGGACGACGGAGAAGAAGCACAGGGGCAGGGGCAAGGAGGAGCCGGGACCGACGACUACGGUCUUGACGACGAGGUCUCCUCGGACGAGGAGAGGGCCAUGACCGAGGCCAUGGAACGCAGCGCCAAGAAGCUUCGCAUCGAGGAUGGUAGUGUUGGUGGCGGCGGUGGCGGCGGCGCGCCCUCCACGCCCGCUGCGCAGCGUACGGUGCGCGACGGUGCGCUGCCUACGCCGCAGACCGUCAGCCGAACACUCUUCCCCGACGCGAAGCGCCGCAAGGUCGGCGAGGACGCCGUCGGGGAGAUCUCCCCGGGCAACGUAUCCUUUUCGACGAGCACCUCGUCAGCGACACUCGGACGCUCAACAGCAGGACCGGGAACAGCCCCCCCUUCCUCCUCGCCGCCAACCUCGACCCCGCAAGAAGAGCAGCUCGACCCGACAGAGGAAGUCAUGGCCCUACUCCACCAGGGUCCAAACGGCGUGGACGUCGCUGCCGUCAGAGCCGUGCUGGGCCGGUUCGCGAUGAAGGCCAAGGGGCUGGCGCGGGGCCGGGACACGGUGCGGACGGCGCUCAAGGCCAAGGAUGAGAAGAUUGCGGAGCUGCAGGAACGGGUUGCGAAUCUGGAGGCGCGGGCGAGGACGCAGAGGGAGCAGAUUGCGGAUUUCAAGGCUGGUAUGAUGGAUUUGUACUCGAAGCAUUGAGGACAUCUCUUUACUCUACUUGGAGGACGUCUUUCUUGCUUCUUCUCGCUUUGGAGGUGUGUUUCCUGGUUGGUUUCGCUGGGAAAAUGGUUGGCUAACGACGGAAAGGAGGGAAGGAAGAGAGACUUGGGAUGGAGACUCGGGUAUAGAGAGCCAUCUGUCCCAUGAGGUGGGCCUUUCUAUCUUGAGUCAAAGGUUGGAUGAAGGUGGGUUAUGAUGGAGUUUAGAAUUGAGGAUACCCCCCCGCUCGCACGCC